AUGACGUCGUAUUUUGAGGAUCAGGAGGACGACGGAGGAGGAGGAGGUUCCGAUCGCAGCACCAGCACCGGCGACCCGGAGGAGAAUCGGAACAGUGAGGGAAACAGGAACGGAGCUUUUACGAGGCAGCUGGCUGGUUUUCAUGAAACUGCGGCGUUGCAAGGUACGCCGCUGAAGAUGGAGCCCUUUGACUCGGACCCACCGUCGGACUCGGACCACCGGGCCCACCUGAAACUGCCGCGGGCUCCUCCGUCAGUUGGGAUGGUUCCUCUGGCGGCGAUGCAGCCGGCGGCGGUGAGGAGGACCUCCACCAAGGACCGUCACACGAAGGUCGAGGGGCGCGGCCGUAGGAUCCGAAUACCCGCCACGUGUGCGGCUCGGAUUUUUCAGUUGACCCGGGAGCUGGGGCACAAGUCCGACGGCGAGACGGUGCGGUGGCUCCUCGAACACGCCGAGCAGGCCAUUAUCGAAGCCACCGGCACCGGCACCGUCCCGGCCAUCGCCGUCUCCGUCGGCGGGACCCUCAAGAUCCCCACCACGCCGAGCAACCACCACAACACGGCUGAAGACUCGCCGACCUCCGCCGCGGCCAAGAAGCGCAAGCGCCCCUCCAACAGCGAGUUCGUUGACCUAAGCGACGCCGUUUCGCAAUCCUCGGGGCUCGCACCGCUGGGGCCCUCCGCUCCCCAGCCCGUCCCUCAAGGCCUCGUCCCCGUCUGGGCCGUGGGGAACGCCGGCGGCAUGAUGGUCCCGGCCAACGCGUUCUGGAUGAUUCCACCAAACGGGUCGGGUCAGGUCGUCUCCGCAGCCGCCGCUGGCCCGUCCAGCCAGCCUCCGCAAAUAUGGGCCUUGUCCCCGACCCUGACGCCUGUGUUCAACAUGGCCGCGGCCCGUCCCAUAUCGACGUUCGUUGCAAACGGCGGCGGAGUUGAGAUUCGAGCUCCGUCGCCGGCUCUUUCGAACUCGGCGGUGAGCACGAGCACGGUGGGGUCGAAGGCGGCGAAGAAGUCGUCGUCGACAAUGGCGCCGAGCGUGAGCUCCAGUGGGAGCGGUAACAGUAACAGUAAUAAUGGUACCAAAGCUCAGAUGCUUAGGGAUUUUACUUUAGAGAUUUACGAUAAGCAGGAGUUGCAGCUCAUGAGUCGACCCGCCGGCCCAGGCAGCCAGUGA